GCGCGGCAGGGCGCGGGUUGGCGGCGGCCGCGGGGGCGCGGCCGGCGGGUGCGCCAUGGUGCGGCCCUGAGCGGAGCAUGGGGCGGCGGCUCCUCCGGGCGCUCCUCUGCUUUCUCCUCCUGGCCGGCCGUGGGCUGCUGCGGGACGGCGGCGCCUCCGCCACCGCCGCGCAUGGCUGCCUGUUUGACCGGAGGCUGUGCUCCCCCCAGGAGGUGUGCGUGCAGGAUGGGCUGUUUGGGCAGUGCCAGGUGGGCUCCAUGCAGGACAGACCCUACUUCCAGGUCACCUCUCCCGUGCUCCAGCGCCUGCAGGAUGUCCUGCGGCACCUCAUGGCACAAGGGCUCUCAUGGCAGGAUGGCAUCACCCAGUAUGUGAUCUCGCAGGAGAUGGAGCGCAUCCCUCGCCUCCGCCCGCCGCCCUCGCUGGAGCUGGUGGCCAGGGACAGGUUCCUGCCCCUCCGCAGCUCCCCCCGGCGAGCCCCGCUCCCCGUGGACCCUGGCCUGCCAGCAGCUCAGCAUCUGGGGCAGCCCCCGCCACUGCUGCCCUCCCCCCUGGUGCAGCGGUACCUGGAGCACCUCCUGCUGCCCCCCCCACCCCAGCUGGGCUACGAGGAGGCUCUGCUCAACCCCUACUCCUACCACAAGUUUGGCUACCAGGACAGUGCUCACCAGCUCCCCGGCGGCUCAGCCAGGCAGAGCCCUGAGACCACCUCGCUGCUAGGCCGGGUCCCUGCCCAGGCCCUUUUCGGGGCUGGCCCUGUGCCCUCCUAUGGUGGGCAGCCAGGAACGGAUGGGGGGCAUCUCUUCCAGGACUUGGGCAUGCUCUCCCUGCCCAGAGAGAAAGCCGGCCACCCAGACCCUGCUGGCACCAGGCUCCAGCACAGCUUGCGGCUCCCCGGUGACUACAGGGACAUGGAGGAGAGGGAACAGCCAAUGCCCCUGGCUGCCCAGCCACCCCCUGCACAGACGGAUGCUGUGCUGAAGAGACUGGCCUCCCUCCUGGCCAGCUACGGCCUGGGGCUGCCAGAGCUGAGCCCCCAGCAGCUGAGCAGCCUCUCUACCCUCCUCCAGCUGCUCCAGAGCUCUGGUGUUGCUGGCCCUGAAGUGCCUACAGCGAAACGGGUGGGUUUGCAGCAGGGUGGUGGUGGAGGAGGUGCCAUGCCGAAGGUGAUGGAGGGGGACAUGCAACAUGGAGAGGAGCCAGUGCCCCCUUCCUCCACAGUGCUGCCCACCAAUAUCCCAGCCAGCAGCUCCCCAGGUAACAGGCUGAGGGACAGGAUGGUGUCCUCGCCAGCCCCCCGGGUAGAGCCACAGCGGGGACAAGGUGGGGACACACUCAGCCCCAGAAAGCCAAUCGCAGUGGAGAAAAAGAGCUACACAGAGGCGAAGUACAGUGGGGCACAGCAGGGCAUGCGCCCACCGGAUGAGUAUGGCUACAUCAUCACAGAUCAGAAGCCCCUGGGGCUGGCCGCUGGUGUGCAGCUGCUGGAGCUCCUCGCCAAGCGCCUCCACCUCUCCACGGCCAGCUUCAUCAACAUCAGUGUUGUGGGCCCUGCGCUUACAUUCCGCAUCCGGCAGAACCCCCAGAACCUCUCACUGGCGGACGCAGCCAGCAAGGCUGAGCAAGUGAAGGCAGAGCUGGAGGCACAACUAGGCCUGAAGAUCGUGCAAACAGGAGUGGGAGAGGUAGGAGUAAGGCAUGCCUGUCCCUCGGGGCUGGGGCAGCUGGGAACAGGGCAGUGGGGGUGCUGCCACCAGCGAAACGAGGCUGCUGCCUACUCGCACCCAUCCCACUUCGGGGACGGCUUCCACUCGGUGCUGCUGACCUUCAUCGCGCUGGCUUGCGUGGCAGGCAUCGCCAUCGCGGCCGCUGCAGCCUUCUGCCUCCGGCGCCACGCCAAGCAGCGGGAGAAGGAGCGCCUGGCUGCCCUGGGGCCUGAGGGUGCUGCCGACACCACCUUCGAGUACCAGGAGCUGUGCCGCCAGCACAUGGCUGCCAAGUCACUCUUUGGUCGUGCCGAGGCACCGGCGGAGACCUCACGGGUCAGCAGCGUCUCGUCCCAGUUCAGCGAUGCCCCGCAGCCCAGCCCCAGUUCCCACAGCAGCACGCCCUCCUGGUGUGAGGAGCCCGUUCAGUCCAACAUGGACAUCUCCACCGGACACAUGAUCCUGGCCUAUAUGGAGGACCACCUCCGCAACCGGGACCGGCUGGCCAAGGAGUGGCAGGCUCUCUGUGCCUACCAAGCUGAGCCCAGUGUCUGCUCCAUUGCCCAAAGUGAAGCCAACCUGAAGAAGAACCGCAACCCCGACUAUGUGCCCUAUGACCAUGUGCGGAUCAAGCUGAAAGCUGAGAGCAACCCGUCCCGCAGCGACUUCAUCAAUGCCAGUCCAAUUAUCGAGCAUGAUCCACGGAUGCCAGCAUACAUCGCCACGCAGGGGCCGUUGUCCCACACUAUUGCUGACUUCUGGCAGAUGGUGUGGGAGCACGGCUGCACCGUCAUCGUCAUGCUGAGCCCGCUGGCCGAGGACAGCAUCAAGCAGUGUGACCGCUACUGGCCGGAUGAAGGCUCUUCUCUCUACCACAUCUAUGAGGUGAACCUGGUGUCGGAGCACAUCUGGUGUGAGGAUUUCCUGGUGCGCAGCUUCUACCUAAAGAACGUGCAGUCGCAGGAGACCCGCACCCUGACGCAGUUCCACUUCCUCAGCUGGCCGGCCGAGGGCAUCCCUGCCACCACCCGGCCCCUCCUCGACUUCCGCAGGAAGGUGAACAAGUGCUACCGGGGUCGCUCCUGCCCUAUUAUUGUGCACUGCAGUGACGGUGCAGGCAGGACCGGAACGUACAUACUCGUUGACAUGGUUCUGAACCGAAUGGCCAAAGCACCCUUCUCCCCCUCUGCCCCAGGGGUGAAGGAGAUAGACAUAGCUGCUACAUUGGAGCACAUCCGAGACCAGCGGCCUGGCAUGGUGCAGACUAAGGACCAGUUUGAGUUCGCGCUGACAGCCGUGGCUGAGGAAGUGAAUGCCAUCCUGAAGGCGCUGCCGCAGUGAUGGCAGAGCCCUGCCCUCUUGUCUUCCCCCAUGCACCCUGGCUUCACGUGCUUUCCUCGCCCUGCCCAUGGGGCUGCUCUCCCUGUAAAAUGCUGUCUGUGCUGCUGGCUCUGUUUCUGCCCCCCCAGGUCCCCCUGCCCCUCUCCCCAGGGACACAGGGCUCAGACCCUCAGUGUGCGGUGCACAAAACCCCAUUGCCCCCACUGCCACCGCAGAGGGAACUGGGCUCGUGUCUCCUAGCCCCUGCAGAGGGCACCAGGUGAUGCUGCUGGGAGUUGGCUGUAGGGCCCCCCCCAAGCCGCUCAGCUCCUUCCCUGUGCCCAUGCUGGGGGGCGGAGUACUGGAUGCAAGGGGGCCUAGCCCAGCCCCAGGUCCCCUCUGUGUGCUCCCUGCCUUGUCACUUAAGCAGAAGAGAAAUUUCUAGAGAAAUAUAAUUUUGUAUCUUGAUGUGAAUAAAGUUCUCGUGUCACGUUCGUGCAGCUGCA